GCGUUUAUUAUUAUUCUAUAUUAUGCAGUCGCGGCUACAGCUGAGCACUUGGAUUAAUUGAUGUGCCAUAUAAUCGUUUUAUAAUAGUUUGUGGCGGGGGUGGGGUAAAAGGCGCGCCCAAUUGGAAACGCUUAACUGAAGCUAUGAUGCCUAAUGCAUACAUGCAUACAUGUGUGUGAGCUAGUAUUUGUUUGCUUUUAUGUGUAUGUAUGUGUGUGUGUAAGCGCAUGAGGUUUAUCGAUACAAAUACAAGGCAACAACAAUUAAUUAAUGAGAAAACAAAAUGCUUAUCAACAAACAGCACGCAUGCACAGACACACACAUGCAAACACGUAAGCAAUCAGCAGGUUGCCACUGGGCGCUCUUUGCGUCUCGCGCACACACACAUGCAUACAAACAUAAGUUUAAUGUGAACUGGGUUGGCUUUUGGGGCGAGCGAUUAAUACUUUAGUUUAGAUUUCGAAUUCAGCUGUGAUGAAGAAACUAUUAGUGAGCAUACGAAAUAUAUAAAAUACAAUACGAAUACAUAAUAAAUAUCGCGGCGCAUAAGCAGACUGAACAGCCUGGAGCCGGAGGAACAGCCGCAGCAGCAGCACAUGGACCCAUACGAUUUCGACAGCAGCAGCAGCAACCAUCAACCACAACAGGCUACAGCACCUGCCAAGCCAUUAGCACCUUAUGCCUUAUUCUUUCGUGACACAAUGACGGCCAUUAAGCAACAGAAUCCCAGCUGUACGUUGGAGCAGAUUACCAGCAUAGCGGGUAACAUGUGGGAGUCUUUAGAUGAUAAGCAGAAGCUUGUGUACGAUCAGCGACAUGAGGUGGAAAAACGCGAGUAUGUCCGUCAAAUGCGGGAUUAUCAACGCCAGUUAAGUGAAACGCCAACGGUAGAGCCACCACAACAGGAACAGCAGCAGCAGCAACAACAGCCGCUAACAGAGCAGCUGCCAGCACAUGGCGUAGCUGAUGAAAAUCAAGACUUAAAGCCGGCGCCUGAGCAAAUACAACUGUUAACUGAGGCUGCUGCUGUGCAGAAAUGUACACGCGAUCAAUGCACAAAGCCGGCAAUUAUAAAUCCCGAUUGGGAGGAUGAAUACUGUAGCAAUGAAUGUGUUGUUAUUCACUGUCGCAAUGUGUUCACUGAGUGGGCGAGUUCGUUGCAGAACGCGCCCACGUAAUAGCUAAUUGUAAACUAUAAACACGCAUUUAGGGUAUUAACUAAAUAUUUAGCACUAAUAAAAACAAACUGCGGCUACGUCAUAACAGCUGCUUAUUGUAAGUGUUGCUAGGCGCGCUAAAUUUAAUUGACAGUGUUGUGAAUUACUCAUAUUGGAAAUGACAUAUUUAGCGCGCAAUUUGAAUUUUAAAUAUAAAUUGUAAAGACGACAAUUGUUUUCA